UCCGUUUAUUUUAUUGAAAAGGUUUUCCAGGUAUAACAGUUAUCAGUAAACAUGAAGAAGGGUUUUCGCAGAAGAACGAGAAACGUCUUCUCAGAAAAUAAACACCUUUUCUGAUCCGGUUUCGGAAGUGACUGGAAGAAGGAACUUUGAAAAAUAUUGGCAAAGUGCGCCUCUCUAUUUUAAAGUCAGCCCAUAACUCGAUAAAUACAAUCAAAACUCCCAGAAAAUUAAAGAUAAAUUAGACUUUAUUCCUUAUUUUGAAGGUGACAGACAUAACCGUCCAUCAUACUACGAGUUAUAUAAAGUAUCAAUGAACUUUUCCAAUAUGGCCUCUCAUUUCCCUCGCUGUUGAUGGCAGAUUUACUUUAGAGGACGAAAUAAGAGACUUCUAUGUUUUUAGCGAAAAUAUCAUUUUUCUUUUAUGUGUUAUUUCAAUAAUCAAGCGUUCUUAAUUACUUUUUACUGGCGUUUUAUAUGUAGGCAUACUAGGCAAUUAUAGUAGGCAAAAAUUUAUUAAAGAAACAUGUCUGACGUAACAAUAACAACAGCAAGCCUCAAGUUGUAUGUAGAUAAGGUGUUGAAGCUUCAAAAGAACUUUAACUGGAUGAUGGACAGCUAUGUACUUGAUUUUUUCACUGAAAAUUUGUGGCAUAAACUCCCAAGAAAAUGGGCAGAUGCUCUCUCUGAACUACAGCCUAAAGAUAUUGCUUACUUUUUCUUCGAAAUGCCAUCUCCUGUGAAACCUAAUCAAAACUCACAAACGCCAAAAUUUAGAAAUGUUUGGCCUUUAGAACUUUUGGCAUUCCUUACCACAUGUUAUGCACUGAAGUUGGAGAAUCAGAAAUAUUUAAAAAUUAUCAACCAGGUGAACACUCCUGAAAAAAGCAACUCUCCAAGAGAAUGUACAAAGUCAAAAACAUUUGAAAGGGAACCAUGUGAUACCAACAGGAAUUGUAAUAUUCAAAAGGUUUCUGACAGUGGUGUGAUGCAGCAAAAGGUUGAACAUUUCAGUGACCCAUUCCGACGUCACAUCAAACCAAAGAAGCAAUAUGAGAUCAACGUUCUCUCCAAGGUAAUUUGGGAACAAACAGAAAGACUACAGUGUUGGAAUAUUGUGGAUGUCGGUGCAGGAUUGGGUCACUUAUCCCGUUUACUGAGCUACGGUUAUAAGCUACGAGUUGUGACGAUAGAAGGCGUUGGCUGUCACAAGAAUAACGCUGAAAAAAUUGACGAGAAAGUUCUCAAGAAGUUGCAAAAACAGGAAUCCGCGGAAAAGGCUGUAGAAACUGUUGAUAAACCACUUGUUCAUAUCACACAUCAUAUAAAUGCAGACAUUUCAACUGAGAAGUUCGCGAAAAUUGUCUCCGACGCCUUUUCAAAGAUGGAAAGCGAUGAAACAAGCAAGCAGUUAAACUCGCAAAAGAUGUUUGCAUCCUCAGAAAACUUUAUCAUUGUUGGUCUGCACACUUGCGGUGAUUUGGCGCCAACUUUACUGCGAGUUUUUACUCAAUGCCAGAGUGCUGUCGGGUUGAUCUCAGUCGGUUGUUGUUAUAUGAAAUUAAGCCACGAAAAAUCCACUAGAGAUCAAACCACUCCAACACUUCGAGGCAACAAGUUUAAUAUGAUCAAUUCAACAAACACGGACAGCAUAAGGACUGGAGACAAAGAAUCGACAAUCCAAAAUGAAGUGGAUCUCACAGGCGCUCAUGUCGAUCAUAUUCCUUCGGAGGUUUUUGGUCGUUCUCAGGAAGAUGCUUUUGUAAAAGUCCUGGGUUAUCCAAUGAGUCAUUGUGUUAAAGGAUUUUUGAAUCAUAAACAGACUUAUAACGCUCUCGAAUCGGCUUGCCACGCAAUCGACAGAUAUCACAAGAAAUUGUUAGAAAUAUCACCAACACUGAAACUUCACAGCUACAGAGCAUUGCUGGAACUCUUGCUUAAGCAAAAAAGGCCAGACUGCCCCAGAAGACAGAUCCGUACUUUGCGAACGAAAAAAGCAGUGAAUAUGUCAUUUUUUGAAUAUGUGACAAAAGCCUGUGAUAUUCUAGAAAUAGAUGAAGACAGACCCAGCAGAGAAGAAAUACAUGUCGUUGAAGAACUUCACGGUAGAAAACAAUUUAAUGUGGUCGUGUUUUAUGUCUUGAGAUUAUUAAUGGCUCCGGUAGUUGAAGGAUUGGUCCUGGUUGAUCGAUUGAUUUACAUCAAAGAAAAACUGCCGGAAAUCAAUGCAAGAAUAUUCAGGUUAUUUGACCCUGAUAUCUCACCAAGAAACCUUGCAAUCAUUGCUGAGAAACAAUAACAUUUGAAUCUAAUGCCAA